GAACUUCCCACUAAAGGAGAAACCAUAGAGUCGGCGGUCAUCCGGCGUCUAGAGCUGCCGCGGAAGUGGCGGAGGGCUGCGGGUUGCGGAGAUGAAGCCGGCGGUGGAUGAGAUGUUUCCCGAGGGCGCCGGGCCCUACGUGGACUUGGACGAGGCCGGAGGCAGCACGGGGCUCCUGAUGGACCUGGCCGCCAACGAGAAGGCGGUGCACGCGGACUUCUUCAACGACUUUGAAGAUCUCUUCGAUGACGACGACGUCCAGUGAGCCCGUGGUCGGCACCUGGCGCCCAGCGCCGAGAAGAUGGGCGGUCAGCCCCCCAUUAAAGGACAGUGUGGUCA